AUGGCGAAAGAUGUAGAAAACUAUGUUAAAACAUGUCAUGGGUGUCAGAUAACAAGUUCGAUGCCAGCACCAGAACCAUUGAAACCAACACAACUACCAACAGGACCAUGGCAAGACAUUUCAGUUGACCUGCUGGGACCAUUUCCAUCGAAUGAAAAUGUGCUAGUUGUGGUAGAUUAUUAUAGCCGUUAUUAUGAAAUUAACAUAAUGAAGAAGAUUACAAGCGAGAAAAUCAUAGACGCCCUAGAGAAUAUAUUUCUUCAACAUGGCUUACCACAAUCAAUUACCUCAGAUAAUGGUGCGCAGUUUGUUUCUGAUGAGUUUGAGACCUAUCUGAAAGAGAAUGGAAUCGAACAUAGACGCGUCACACCAUUACAUCCUGCUGCAAAUGGAGAGGUGGAGCGACAGAACAGAUCUAUAAUGAAACGAAUUCGCAUUGCGCAAGCUGAAGGAAAAGACUGGAAGAAAGAAUUACGUGUGUAUUUAUUUGCAUACCGUACAACCCCACACAGUGUUACUGGACAGACCCCAGCGGAAAUGAUGUGGAAUAGAAAAUUUCGAACAAAAUUACCAGAAUUGGAGGAUAAUACUGUACAUGAUGAAGAUGUUUCAGAUCGCGACGCUUCAAAUCCGUAUUUCCGGUGGACUAAUAAUGAUGAAGUUAUUUGUGAUAAAAGUAAGACAGAUACAUUUGAACAACAUAAGCAAAUUGACACAGAGAAAGAUGACAGUGUAACCAAUUGUGAAAAUAUUCAAAACAGACCAGUAAGAGAGAGGAAAAAACCCAAAGGUUUGGUGAUUGUUAAGGAUUAA